AUGCAGAGGUGCAACGGCAACGCCAGCGCGCGCAGCUCGUUCAGCAGCAACAGCGCCGGCCUGGGCAGCUCGCGGCACUGCUUCGUCGACGGCCACAGCAGCGUCAAGAGGCGACAGGAAGACCAGUGCGUGCUGGAGCGGAACCGCAGCGCUCGAUACUCGCCGGGGCACCACGCCGACAACGGUAUGCUGCGGUUGUACUUGACCCCGCUGCGGAGCGCCAGCGGCCGGUGCGGCGCCACCGGGCUGCCGGCUAACGGCGGCCCGCAUCUGCGGUCGCAGUCGUUCGCGAGGAGCUUGCUCCGGCUGUACUGA